GCCGUAGUCGCGGUGACGUAAGCAGCAUUUAAAUCUGUGUUUAUGUGUGAGGAGGCGAGCAGCCGUUGUCGCAGCUGAGACGGUGUGUGGUACAGGCGGUGUAUCGCAGGGGUCCUGUCCACUAUACAGGUUAAAAUGGAAGCUCCUCAGCAAAAUGUGUUAGAUUUGAUCAAAUUCUUCAGGCGGCAGUGGUCUCUUGUGUGCGAAUGUGAGAGAACUACAGUUUGCGGUGCAGAUAACAUGCUGCUUAUGUUGCAGUUAGCUGUGGCUGAAGUCAAUAAAGAGUGUGGAAAUGGUUAUACAGCUUCCCUCAGUGAACUCCUGCUGAUGUGGAAACACUUGCUGAAAGAUAAGCUUGGACUGUUAAAUAAUAGCAGUCAAUCUCCACCAAGUUAUGAUUCUGUGCGAAGAACAUAUGAUCAGCUUCUGAAAAAAAGCAAUUCAUUGGAUCUCAUUGACUUAUAUGCGGCAUUCUCAAAAUCCGACUCUUUGGCAGAAACCAUCUCUUCUGUCCAGUUACAGGAGUUUCUCCUUGGUCAUCAAUCGGAAGAUACCGACCAUAGUUCUUUGUCUAUCUCAACGCCUUGUAAAAAUAAUAUGGAUUUUAUUAAGAUGAAAGAAGUUGUAAAGAGAAUAUUUUGUUCCUAUUUGAGCCUUUUGGUAAAUUCUAAGAAUGAUCUUGCCCUAGCCCAUGUUAUUAACUGCCCAGAGAGAGGACUAGAUAAAGAAGCUUUCACCGACCUUAAACAUGCAUCGAAGAAUAAGCAGAUGUCCCUUUUUUUGGUAGCUACCUCCUUCAUUAGAGCAGUGGAACUUGGUGGAAAAGGGUAUGCUCCCUCUGAAGCUGAUCCUUUAAGAAAACACAUUAAAGGACUAUCACAGUUUGUUCACUUUAUUGACAGACUGGACGAGAUGCUUGGAGAAACAAAGAAUGCUGGAGAGCUAAUCCUUUCAGCAAUAAAGGUUCAUCUGAUAAAAGGAAGGGGCAGCGGGGAUACUUUUGGUGAGGUUGUAAUAGAAGUGGCAGAAGAGUUACAACUGAGGAUUAAAACCCUUACUACUUCAUCUACUGUAAAGGAGAGCUCCACAGGCAUCAGUCCUGCACGGCCUAAAAUUCAUGCAAUAAACCGUGGUACAGCUUUAUGUGGUAGAGAGACCAUAAAAACAUUCCUAAUACUUUUGGAUGAAGAGGCUGCCUGCCCUCCCAGCAAGAACAGAGCAGAGCUGCUAUGCUCAGAUGAAGAAAAUGCCACCUUUGGAGCAUUGCCUCUUUUGUCUCUCUUUAGAUCUCCUGAACAGCGCAAUGGAUCAUCCCCCAAACCCCUAAACCAACGUGUCCAGAAGUGCAUGGACAAAAACAAACCCAAGCUGAAGCAAAACCUGAUUAGGUCACAAUUUUCCUGCACAUAUAAAGAUGAUACCACAACCCAUAUUAAACUGCGUGCCUUCCCAAGUAUGAGUCAAGUUCCAACCUGUAUUUUCCCAGCACCAAAGAUUGUUCCAGUACUCUCCUUUGAUGAUGAUGAUGAUGAUGAUGAUCCAAUUGGGGGUCUGACAAAAGAGAAGGCAGCAUUGCAGUUACAUUCAGGGAAUCAAAACCUCAAAGUUGGAAAAGUGAAAUUCACUAAAGACCCGAUACGAAAAAGUACAAAAAGAAAGCAAUUGGACCAGUGUGAAAAUCAGAGCAUCCCUGACAAUGAACCACCACAAAAGAAAACAUUACCAUCAACAAAAACAAAGGAGAAGGCAACCAUAGCUAAAAAGACCAGUAAAUGUGCAGCAAAUAAACAAAUAGUUGGUCAGGCUAAGCUUACCAGUUUUUUCCGGGUAUAGUUAGUCGA